AUGUUGGGACCAUUUUUACAAGAAAACGGUCUCGACCCCUUGAAAUUACCAGAUAUUGAGGAAGGCUUUGAAGUAAAACCAAUCAUAGUAACCUACAGCGCCUGGUUUAAACUUACAGAGGGGCAAUUCACAGGCAUAACAAAUGUAUCACGUUCUGGUGACCAGAUAGUCAGUUAUAUUGGUAAAACCUUACGUGUUCGUGUCCAAUUAGAUUUCUCUGAUAUAAAGCUGUCCUACAAUUAUCUUAUAAAGGUCAUGAACCUUGGACCCACUGGACAAAUUUUGGGAUCUCUGAAUAAUUUUAUCGCUAUCGCUGAUGUUUUGAUAGAUUUCAAUAACGAUGAAAUUCAUUUACAACAGUUUUCUAUUAGUAAUGUUGGGCGUCUACGUGUUCGCUUGAGCGGCAACAUAUUGUUUGAUUGGUUGCUGAAUCCAUUCAUCAGUGUCUUUAUGAGGAUCUUCGACAACGUUAUCAUGAAGUUUGUUGAACUCACAAUUCGCAACGUAGCGCAAUCAGAAGAAACCACAAUUGCAAAAGUGGGAAAAGACAAUUUUUCAUCCUUAACUGGAUAUUUAAAUGACAGCAACAAAAGGAUUGAUAUAGUUUUAGUCUUUAAAGAUGAUAGUAAGGAUGAGAAGAAACAGAUGCGUUUAAAUUUUUUAAUGAAUGCUCUUCAAGUCGGUUUAGAAGCUGAAGUGGAAUCAGGAAAGAUGGCCGAACAUCGAAAUUUAGUUUUCGUUAAACUUCAUGCUCCCGAUGAGAUUAUUGAACAAUACGGAUUGUAUUUCAACGAAAAACGAUUUUUUAAGGAUAGUCAUUUAGAGUUUAUUAAUCCUAUAUUCAACAUUUUUGGCACGAAACAUGAAAGGGAGCUCCUUAAAAUAGUCAGACCUCAACGCUAUGAACUGUCAUCGAUUAUAGCAAUUGGAAUAAGAAGUGUUAUCAAUGUAUUAACCGCUGCACUUGCAAUCCUUUGGUUUUCGUUAGUUAUGUGGCAUUACCCUCGUUGGAAACGUUUACAAGAGACUGAUAAUAGUCGCAAAGUCUACAAAGACCACGAAUACACGUAUAUGGCUGAGAUGGCUUUUGUACAUGCAAUCCUUACAAUCCUUGUUAAGCAGUCAGAAGAAACCACAAUUGCAAAAGUGGGAAAAGAUAAUUUUUCAUCCUUAACUGGAUAUUUAAAUGACAGCAACAAAAGGAUUGAUAUAGUUUUAGUCUUUAAAGAUGAUGGUAAGGAUGAGAAGAAACAAAUGCGUUUAAAUUUUUUAAUGAAUGCUCUUCAAGUAGGUUUAGAAGCUGAAGUGGAAUCAGGAAAGAUGGCCGAACAUCGAAAUUUAGUUUUCGUUAAACUUCAUGCUCCCGAUGAGAUUAUUGAACAAUACGGAUUGUAUUUCAACGAAAAACGAUUUUUUAAGGAUAGUCAUCUAGAGUUUAUUAAUCCUAUAUUCAACAUUUUUGGCACGAAACAUGAAAGGGAGCUCCUUAAAAUAGUUAGAACUCACUAUCCCGGACCAGACAAUUACUCGACAUUGGAACGCAGCACCAUUGUUUAUAAAUUAUUACUUGAGCUGCCAUUCGGUGAUAAUAUGAAUCAUUACGGAAUAAAUAAGUCAGCAAAGUUUAUAUGCGACAACAUCAAAGAUAAGAAUAUUUGCACUGAGUGCCGAAACGAGACUCUUUGUCCAUUACUGUCCGGAUCAGCGUAUUGCAGAAGAGCACAAUUUAGACAAAUUAUUGACAAGAAAUUGACUUUAAAUCACGGAAUAUGUGUCGUGAUUUGGGGUAAACUUUGA